CUGCGACCUUCACGCACGAUACGAACCACGAAAGUCUACGAAACAGCACGGCGAUUCAAUAAAGAUAGGAAAGAUCUCAGCGAGUUUGCUGAGCGCGACACCAUGUUCAAUGCGCUAAACCGCUUCAUGUCCCGCCUAGACGGGCAGCAACCCACGCAACAGAACAACCGCGAGGGCUCCUUCGGAUUCCAGGUCCUCAGGAACACGAACCUGGAGCUCAACGUGGAACCCUGGUUCGACUUCAUCAUCGGUAUUAAUGGCCGACCCAUCGACAACCCCGACCCGAGCCUCUUCGCCCAGGAAGUCCGCAACUGCGCCGGCGGCUCCGUCCUCCUCGGCCUCUGGAGCGCAAAGGGCCAGCGCACCCGCGAACUCCACGCCCCCGUGCCCCGCGACACCGCCUCCCUCGGCCUCUCGCUGCAGUUCACCCCGCUCGCCGUCGCCGCCAACAUCUGGCACGUCCUCGACGUUGCCGCCAACUCCCCCGCCGACGCCGCGGGCCUGCUCCCCUACGGCGACUACAUCCUCGGCAGCCCCGAGGGCGCGCUGCACGGCGAGGGCGGCCUGAGCGAGCUCGUCGAGGACCACAUCGGCAGGCCGCUACGGCUCUACGUGUACAACAAUGAGUACGACGUCACGCGCGAGGUCACGAUCCAGCCGAGCCGCGAGUGGGGCGGCGAGGGCGCGCUGGGGUGCGUGCUGGGCUACGGCGCCCUGCACCGGCUGCCGCCCCCGCUGAACGAGCCCGUCUCGGCGCCCGGGGAGAUGAUGUUUGACGGGGAGAAGGGUGGUCCCGCCGGAUCGUACGAGUUCCCCGCGGCGGACGCGCCGUUUGUGCCCGCUGCCGACAUUGGAGGAGGAGCUGGCUCGCCGCUGCCCCCGACGGGCGGCGACUUCUUGGUUCCCGCGCAGAUGGUGGACGCGGGUGGUGCGCCGCCGCCGCCGCCCGCUGGUACGGCUACGACGCGGAAGAAGAAGGAGAGGCAUCACCACGGCGGCGCCCAGCUGGACGAUUACUUCAAGGAGCAGGAGAAGAAGAGCAAGGAGCUGGACGGGGGGUCUAGCGGGGGAAGGGGCACGCCGGUCGCGCCGCCUCCGAAGACGGGGGGACCGCCGCCGCCGCCUCGGGCCGGGACGACGUCGCCGCCGAAAGAGACGGCCGAGGAGGGCGGCGAGUGA